AUGGAAGCAGACAAGAAACCGCGCUUGCCCCGGUCACCGUGGUCAGACCUCCCGCUGGACAUAGGAGGCCUGGUGUUCAGCCGGCUCCCCCAGUACGCUGACCGCACCGCCUUUGCUCUGGUGUGCCCGCAGUGGCGUGACGCCGCGAGGCAGCAGGCCCUGACCCUGCCACUGCCGGUGCUCGCACUCCCAGACGGCACCUUCUACAGCAUCUUCUACCCUAAGCUCUAUUCCUUCCCUGGCUGCGGCUUCGCGGGGUACGAGAGUGUCUGUGGCAGCUGGCUCGUCUUCCCACGUGACGACGGCUGCUUCCUGGUCAAUCCCUUCUCCAGGGCCAGCUUCAUGCUCCCUGCUCUCUCCAGUGUCCGACUCCGGCCUCCAAAUGCAGUCGCUAAGUGGUCACUCGAGGAUGGGUCACAAGUUGCUGACCCUUACAUCACAUGGAUGCAUAUCAAUACAUCGGAAAAGCUGCACAUAAGUAAGCUACUCCUGUGCUCGCCAAACCUUGUUGCUGCACUGGUUGGCACUGGACACACCAGCCAGAUUCUAAUGUGCCAGCCAGGGGCCUCGUCGUGGUCAGUACGUGCUUACGAUCAGUGUAAGGGGUUCGAAGACAUGGCAUUCUACCAGGGCAAGCUCUACGCCAUUGCCAAUGACGAGAACCUCCUUGUGGUGAACAUCAGCCAGGACCAUAGCACCGGCGAUCCACAGGUUUCUCGGAUUAGACAAAUCAUCAAGGGUGAGCCAUGGUAUCCAGCUGUGUCUGAGGACAACACUAUGUGCUGCAAGAAGCUUUACCUGGUUGAAUCGCAUGGGGUGUUGCUGAUGGCACGAAGGGCGAUCUUGUGCCGGGUACCUGGACCUGGAGCAGUGCCCAGUGAAGUAGUUCCUGGAAUGAGCGGGUUUGAGGUUUUCAAGGCCGACCUUGAGCAUUCACAGUGGGUCAAGGUGUCGACCGUGGGGGAUGACCAACUGCUGUUUCUAGGGCGAAGGUGCUCCAGGGCCAUGUCUGUGUCUCAGUACGGGUUGCCCGGUGAUUAUAUCCUCUUCUUGGAUGAUGAUGAGGAGAAUCGUAUGGACUACUGCUACGAAAGGGAGAACACUUCUUUCGGUGCCUAUAAAAUGGGAUCCGACGGUGUCCUUUUCCCUCAUCCCUAUAUUUCCUGGAAGCUUUGCGAUGAGAUGCGUCUGGCUGCAUGGCUCUUCCCUCGGGACCGAUGA